AUGCCAGGAGUACACGAGCGGACCACCGCGCCCGGCGGCGGAGAUGUUGCGCUUGAUCACGUGCCAUCUGGAAUCAUCCCCAUGUCUGACCAGACGGCGGCCUGGGCGAAAUCACAUCGAACCAUGAUAGCUAGUAGUACUAGUAGUAUAAUGAGCACCUUGUCCGCAGUGCGUACUGAAGCUCUUCCGCUGGAAAAGCCGGCUGACAUCCCCGACUAUCGUUACAAAUCUGUUGUCGACUGCGUCACCCACACGUAUCGGACGGAAAAGUUGAAGGGCUUCUGGAGAGGUGCACUUGCGCCAAUGUUCAGUGUUACUCUUGUGAGGACCACAUCAUUCUCAAUCUACCAAAAAGCGAAGUACAAGUACUCGGCAGCCAUUGGAAGGGCCACAGGAGGCGAUGAACCUUUAGUCAUAGUCAAUCGACCAGGUAGCACCCCAACACUGGCAACAAUGGCAUGUUUUGGUGCCGCCGGGGGAACAGCAGGGGCCCUAAUCACUUUUGUAGCUUGUCCUUUUGAGCUCACCAAAAUGUCUGCCCAGAUAUCCACUCUGAUGGCCAAUCGUAACCAUUCCAGCAUGGAGGACCCAGUACUGAAGUCAAGCUACCAGCGAAAAGGCACCAUUCUCACAGCCAAAAACAUCAUUACCAACCGCGGCCUCUCCGGGAUGUACUCUGGGUUUAGUUUGCAUCUCCUUAGAGACACUAUCGGCACGAUCAUAUACUUCACUACAUAUGAGAGCACAAAGCAAAUGCUAGUCAAGAUUCAAAAGAGCGACUCACCUACCUCUCCACUUUCCGUUGCUGUUGCUGGAGGGUUUUGUGGCCUGGUUUCGUGGGCUUGUAUAUAUCCCAUCGAUACUGCAAAAACCCACUACCAACGUAACUGCCUUUCCACGCCGAAGGGUCAGAAGGUAACCGUGCCAAAGAUCGAAUUCUUCAAGCGCAACAUGUACUCGGGGAUCGGCGUGUCAAUGGCUCGCUCGUGCUUAAUCAACACCAUCUUUUUCUCAAGCUUCGAAUUCGUCAAAAAGAGGAUUAACCAACUACCCGAUGCUCCACCUAUCUUUAGAGAAAGAACGGAUGGUAUUGAGUGA